CAUCAAACCCUCUCUCAACGACUCGACUCAGUACUGGACGCCACAUUCGAUACGCCACGACAUCACACCAUCACAAACCUCUUCGUCCCUCCCUCGCUUCCUCCCUCCGUUCGGGAUCUCACCAUCAUUACCUCGAGCUGCUGUCGUUGCAGGCCCAGCGCAACAGCUCACCCUUGAUCGAUGGCAGUCUUCAGUCCCCUCAAACAGUCUAAACCCAUCAGACCUCCCAAGAACAUCGACCCAAGCCACACACGCCCACCAAACCUGCGCUAUGUCUACUCUCUCACUGCCUUUGUGUCUCUGGGCGGGUUCCUCUUUGGCUGGAACCAGGGCGCCAUGGGCAUGAUCAUUGCUGACAAGCGCUGGAUCGCACUCAUGCAGCCCUCCUCCGACUGGGCUGUGGGCUUCGUAAUCAGCGUAUACAACAUCUCAUGUGCUCUGGGCGCGCUCUUCGUCGGGAAUCUGGCUGAUGUCUACGGGCGAGAGAGGACUUUAUCUGUGGCCAGUGUCAUCACCAUCCUGGGAGCCCUGGUGCAGGCCGCAUCGAACACCCUCGAGCAAAUGACGCUGGGACGCUUCGUCAUCGGCCUGGGCAUAGGCGCCUUCGCGGCCGGCGUGCCACUGUACGUCAGCGAAAUUAGCCCGGCGAGCCUAAGAGGCCGGAUCGUGGGUAUCGAGCUGAUGAUCCUGUGUUUCGCCGAGAUGGUCGUCUUCUUUGUCGACUACGCCUGCUUCUUUCUGCCGUCCGACAGCUGGUGGCGCAUCCCUCUGUUCAUACAGGUGUUUCCUGCGGUGCUGAUGGCCGUAGGCUGCUGGCGGAGCAGCUGGGUGCCGCCGAGCCCACGCUGGCUUGUGGCUCAGGGGCGCUACGACUGCGCGCUGGAGGUGCUGACUAGGCUACACGGGACAGAGGCCGCUGAGGUCGAGAUGCGUGAGAUCCGCGAGACUGUGUCCGAAGAGCAGGCAGACGAAGCGCUGGCCGGCGCCGCCUGGGCCGACAUGUUCCGCCCACCUGUACUGCGCGUCACCCUGCUGGGCGCGGGCGUCCAGUUCCUGCAGCAGAUCACAGGAACCAACGCCAUCUUCUACUACACACCCCAGCUGUUCCGCAACGGUGGCAUCACCGACCCUAACAUUGCCAACCUGGCCACCAGCGGUGUGGGCGUCGUGCUGUUCCUCUCUGCCUGGAUUCCCAUCUUCUUCUUCGACCGGCUGGGCAGGAAGACCUGGCUGCAGCUGGGGCUGGUCGGCAUGUUCACCGCGCUGCUCGGGAUAGCGCUGCUGCAGCGGCAUGCCGAGAGCCACCCUGGCGACCCGCGGAACUAUGCCAUUAUCGCGUUUCCAUUCUUGUUUUUCACUUCGUUUAAUAUGUCCUGGAGCUCGGGCUCUUGGACAUAUGCGGCGGAGAUCUUUCCGAUCUCGCUGAGGGCAAAAGGCAACGCCCUAUGCACCGCGUCGCUCUGGAUUUCCAACUUUAUUGUUGCCCAGGUCACCCCGCCCAUCAUGACAUCCAUCUCCUGGGGCUUGUAUAUCAUAUUAGCCGCCAUCAACGUCCUCGCUUUCUUGUUUGUGCGAUACUUCCUUGUGGAAACAAGAGGCAAGACGCUGGAGGAGAUGGCAUACCUGUUCGGCAUUGAAGAGAAACAUGGCGAAUCUCAGGAGGAUGACAGGUCCUCUGAGCGGCGAGAGUUGCUACGGGAUGAUGGCCCAGCUGAUGAUGGGGACGACGAGCCAUAACCAUGGCUAUAGACAAGGUUCAGAAGUAUUUCGCGCCGAUACAACAUUUAUACAUGAUAGAAGUUCGUCAAAUAGCAAAAGAGUCUAUUAGGUAGACACAACAACGUAGACAAGAAAAUAGACAGCGUCUCCAUG